UGCAGCCGGGCCAGUCCAUUCGGUGCCUGGAACCUCACUUUUAUAAGAUUGCCAGCCCUGCACAUUACUUUUCUCGGAGGCUGCACAACUUGUUUCUCAUAUUAUUAGUUUUCUCCAUUGCUCAUCUUGCAAACUCUUCCUUCUUCGGGAAUGUAGAAUUUUUUUUUUCUUUAGCUUUUCUGUGUCACUUUGCAUGUGCCAGGCUUGACUCAUUAGUUCAGUCCACAGUCAUCUCGAUUUAUUUUUUUUUUGCAUACUUUCUAAUCCUAUGUUAACGUUUUCUACUCAGAUAUUUAUAGAAACUUAACAGUGUUGUGGGGUUUUGUUAGGGUGAGACGAAAUCUUCAUUGACAACCAGGUCUCUAGCAGUUAGUAUGUACCAAGCAUCAGUCUAUAUGCUGGGGAGAAAGUAGGUAGAGGUCAAUAAGAAUCUUACUGUGGGGUGGAGAUUAACAAGUGAACAACUAAUUAAUACUUAAAGGUUAGUGCUAUGAGGAGGCCAAGUUCAGUUCUGUGAAGUACUGGUGGGUGAGCUACUAACAGCCUCGGUGGAAGACUCGAUGUUGCCACACUUUUCAUCGGCCUUGAAGGACAAUAGGAUUUUUUCCAACAAGAAAGAAUAGAAGAGCAUGUGCAGAAGCACCAAAUUGUGCUGUGUUUGAGGGGAAAGGGUCCGAAAAACAAGUUUCUGACCUGUGGGCGUCUGCUCUACAACAGCGGCUGACUUUGGGGGAGGAAAGGAAGAUUUUUCUCUUAGGACUUUAGAAGUUUUUAUUCGUGUGAAGCAUCUACUGCAGUCCUGGAGUGCAUUUCGCAGUCUUCUAGGAUCUCCUGAGUGAAACUCACUGUGGACAGGAUUCUAACUUGGAGGGAUCAUGGAGCAGUAUACAGCAAACAGCAAUAGUUCGACAGAGCAGAUUGUUGUGCAGGCUGGACAGAUUCAGCAGCAGCAGCAGGGUGGUGUCACUGCUGUCCAGUUGCAGACUGAGGCCCAGGUGGCAUCCGCCUCAGGCCAGCAAGUCCAGACCCUCCAGGUAGUCCAGGGGCAGCCAUUAAUGGUACAGGUCAGUGGAGGCCAAUUAAUCACAUCAACUGGUCAGCCCAUCAUGGUCCAAGCUGUCCCUGGUGGACAAGGUCAAACCAUCAUGCAAGUACCUGUGUCUGGGACUCAGGGUUUGCAGCAGAUACAGUUGGUCCCACCUGGACAGAUUCAGAUCCAGGGUGGGCAGGCUGUGCAGGUACAGGGCCAGCAGGGCCAGACCCAGCAGAUCAUCAUCCAGCAGCCCCAGACGGCAGUCACUGCUGGCCAGACCCAGACCCAGCAGCAGAUUGCUGUCCAGGGACAGCAAGUGGCACAGACCGCCGAAGGGCAGACCAUUGUCUAUCAGCCAGUGAACGCAGACGGCACCAUUCUACAGCAAGUUACAGUCCCUGUUUCAGGCAUGAUCACCAUCCCAGCAGCCAGUUUGGCAGGAGCACAGAUUGUUCAGACAGGAGCCAACACCAACACAACCAGCAGUGGGCAAGGGACUGUCACUGUGACACUACCAGUGGCAGGCAAUGUGGUCAAUUCAGGAGGGAUGGUCAUGAUGGUGCCUGGUGCUGGCUCUGUACCUGCUAUCCAAAGAAUCCCUCUCCCUGGGGCAGAGAUGCUUGAAGAAGAGCCUCUCUAUGUGAAUGCCAAACAGUACCACCGUAUAUUAAAGAGGAGGCAAGCCCGGGCUAAACUAGAGGCAGAAGGAAAAAUUCCAAAGGAAAGAAGGAAAUACCUGCACGAGUCUCGGCACCGUCAUGCCAUGGCUCGGAAACGGGGUGAAGGUGGACGGUUUUUCUCUCCAAAGGAAAAGGAUAGUCCUCAUAUGCAGGAUCCAAACCAAGCAGAUGAAGAGGCAAUGACACAGAUCAUCCGAGUGUCCUAACCCCAGGCCAUGUGAUGGAGCAGAUCAAGGUCAUGUUCCUCGCCACUGUUUCCCACUGUUCCAGGAAAUUGAUCACCUCUUCCAAUGGGACACUGACGAUUAUGUGCUGCCCUUUUCUACAGGACAAACCACUUAGUUCUUAAUAAGUGGCUCAGUAUUAUAAUUGCAGCGAUGUCUGGCAGAUUGAAGUCACAAGCCUUUGUCUUGCCCUUUCAGGCAGGACCUAUUUCAGACUGUUGAUGACAUUGACAUUUCAUGGAUUAGGAUGAUGCAAGGGACCUGUGCACAUAAGUGCACACACAGCACUUAUGUUGGCUUCUGAAGCCAGCCAGCCAUCUUAGCAAGGGAGAACAACCUUCUCAACCGAGACUGAAAUCAGGGAAGCCGAUGCCCACUCCUUCCCUUGGAAUCUAAGCAGCAUCCAUCCCCUCUGAUGGGGGAUCUCAGGCUGAUUCACUGGACACUUUGUAUUCAGAGGUGGCUUCCAGGCAAGGAAGUUCCAUCUCAUGACAUGGAAACAAUAAAUUCUCUGAGAUACAUUCAUCUAAUCUGUGGUAAUAAUAGGAAUCUCUGUCUACCCAGAUGAUAGGUUGGUAUUUUUGGACUCCAGCCAAGAAAAGCUAACUCUGGGGAUAGAAUGACAAAAGACUCAAGCACUAAAAUUAUAAAUUGCUGAAUCUCUCUUUUUUUUAAAGCUUUGGCAAGUUGUGGUUUGUCUGCUGACAGAUCAUCUGGACCAUAGUUUUUGCUUCUGCUACUUAUAAGACAAUUUAGAGGGUAUUGGACCUUGAAACUGCCUUUCCUACGUAGAGAACAGAACCAUACAACAACUUCCUGUGCUGAAGUGCUGAGGACAUUUGUAGUAACUCCUAAACAGAGAGCCAAACUAGAAUUUUUUUUUUUUUUUUUUUUUUUUAAGUAGGCUCCACACCCAGCGUGGCUUGAAUUCACAUCCCUGAGAUCAAGACCUGAGCUGAGGUCGAGAGUUGGAUGCUCAACUGACUGAGUCAUCCAGGUGCCCCUAGAGAUUUUUAAUCGUAGGCUCUGUGAGAGCAUUUGGGGAAGAGAAGGGUUCACACGUGUUGCAGUCUAGCGGAAGAGAGAGUAGUAUAUAUACCCGCGUGUUGUCAUAUAGUAUGAUUCUCCAGGGGAUGGAUGCCUGGGAUGGAUCAUUAAGGUGAAAAGAAUUUACAUUUAUACUAUAACCUUUUAACAAGCAUGGAAAGGGAGAAGUCUGAGAACUGCUCUUUGACAAUUUCUGUCUGGAAAGCAUUGUUCAGUAACACUCUCCUGGAUAUAUUCCAGCUUACCUGCUCAAGUUUAAGGUGAAUGUUGGCUUCACUCCUGCAGCACUUUGUUUUGUGCUGACCCCAGAGAGUGAACAUUCUCUUUCUUCCCCUGGCAGCUGAUUCUUUGGUGCCAGUUUCCAUGUUUCUCCUUUUCUACAUAGGCCUUGUACAGCAGGAAGGUUUUUACAUUGCAUCCACAUUCUGGGGAUAAGCUGCCAACUGGUAAUGGUGAUGCUGGCAGAGUCAAGAAUUGGGCCACAUUUCCCAGAAUGGGCUGUGCCUCAGUAAUCUGUUUCUUUGCUAGAUGUUGAACCUGGGGUAAACUAAGAUGAUAUUUCAGAAAAGAGUUACUGCCUUCUCUAGAAACAAGGAAGACUUAAUUCUUUCGAAGAUCAUUUGGGUUUGAUUUAAAUACCAAGAGUAAGAAUUGACACUUUCUUUGAUGGUUUCACUCAAAUUGUAUUAAGAGGAAAAGAAAAUAAAUCCUCUGAAGAAAAUACCACAAAGGGAAAUAAUUGUAAUGGUGGAAAUAGAGGUACAGAGCUGUGCAAAGAAAGCAGGAAGUAAAGUAUCUCUCUAGUCCUUGGUAUCUGUAGUCACCUGUCCUGGCUUCCAGAUGUCAGGAGAGGCCAAACCCUUUGGUAGGCUCACUAGAAACUUCUGGCUCUUUUAAGUUUGACACAUUGAUUUUAUUCAGUAGGCCCCAAGAUUUUCAGAUGAUAGUUCACUAAAAACAAUGAGGAAUUUGUAUCCCUUGGUUUGUUUAGGAGUCUUUAAGAUGCAGAGCUCAGAAAGAAAGUCCUCAGAUCUAAGCCAACAGCAGUUAAAAAAUCCUAUUUAUUUGUGUCUGUAAGUUUGUACAUAGUAACAACCUCAUAUUGUUGCAAAAUUUUUUUUCCAUGAGUUUGAGUUGUAUUUUUUUUUUGAAAGAAAUGCUUCAGUUGUCAUUUUGUCACUGCAUUUCAGAUAGCUCAUGGCCCUUUUAUUGUGGCCAUUUUAGCACAUCAUAAUAACCCACAAAGUGGGGGGUUGAGGUUUGGAUUUUUUUUCUUUGUUACUAGUUCUUUUAUUUGUCCUUGUGACUAUAGUGAUGACUUCAUAGAUGCAGAAAGAGUGAAUGGAUGAGUGAAUAAUUGAUUUAAUGCAUAGGUAUUUCACUUCUUGAGUGCUCUUUUUGGCAAGAUAAUUGUAAAUGUAUAUAUUUUAAUUGCACUGGUACAUUGAACAUGUCAGUGUCUAUACCACUGGACCAACAGAGCUUUUUCUGGCUGUUGGGUGCCUGAUAAUAAUGUCUUGAUUUUCCUUUGGGACUCAACAAUAUAGGUUUUUCUCCCAGCAGUAGGGGGAGUACAGAUGAUCAUUGAUGUCAUUGCAAUUGUUAUUUUUUAAAAUAAAUUUGUAAAAAUACUAAAAAGUGAUUUGAAUUUUCACA